AUGGCUCCAGAAGAGGAGACCACCGAGGUGUCGCACCCUACCAAGCGGAUAAGAUGGGCAACACACCGUGCAACAGGCGCCAAGGCUGCGAACAAGCGACUGUCCCUGAAGGAGCGUUUACACAAACGGGUAGGAUCCAACAGCGAGAAGAAAAGGGACUCAAUGGGCAAAGAAACCGGACCUACCGAGAACGGCGACAUUGCCAUGUCUGAGGCGGACAGUGAUGACCAGGACGGUGGCCGUACCGUCUACUUCAACGUGCCCCUUCCCGCUCACGAGAAAGACGAAGAGGGCCACCCUCUCGCCCAAUAUGCGAGGAACAAGAUAAGAACGGCGAAAUAUACGCCUCUGAGCUUUAUACCCAAGAACUUGUGGUUCCAGUUCCACAACAUCGCGAACAUGUAUUUCUUGUUCAUCAUCAUCCUAGGCAUUUUCCCCAUUUUUGGCGCCUCGAACCCUGCGCUCAAUGCCGCGCCCCUCAUCGUGAUUCUUUCCGUUACGGCCAUCAAGGAUGCUUACGAGGAUUGGCGUAGAACGGUGUUGGACACCGAACUGAAUAAUGCUCCUAUUCAUCGAUUGGUCCAUUACAACAACGUAAAUACGUCUGGUGAUACCAUUUCUGCAUGGCGAAGGUUCAAGAAGGGCUGCACCAGAGCUGUCGUAUUCACAUACCGCUGGUUCAAGAGCAAGGGGAAGUCGGGCAAAGGCAAGGGAGCAUCGCAACAAGACGAAGAGUCACGACGCUCCAUUGACACCCGACGUGCUUCCGUUAUGUCCUACGCUGGUCCUCAUGAUGAGGGAGACAUCCAGAUGACUCCUGUUCCAUCACCCUUACCUGGUCAGUCUCCACGCCUUUCGGCUGAUCCUCAAUCCGGAGGCGCCUAUACCGACGUCAAAGAGGGCGACAAAAUUCGCGGACCUGGACAUGAUCACCCAAGCAAGUUCUGGGGCAGUGUAAUAGACCCCUACAAGACAACUCCGGAUAAAGCCAGAUUCGUCAAGGACGCCUGGAAAAACGUGCAAGUCGGGGAUUUCGUUCGAUUGUAUAAUAACGAAGAAAUCCCGGCAGAUGUGGUGGUUAUUUCCACCUCUUCAGACGACGGAGCCUGCUAUGUCGAAACCAAGAACCUGGACGGCGAGACAAACCUGAAAGUUCGCAAUGCUCUCCACUGCACACGUGAUGUUAAGCACGCACGCCAUUGCGAACAAUCAGAGUUUUGGAUCGAGAGCGAGGCUCCGCACUCGAACCUUUACUCCUACACGGCUGUUAUGCGCUGGAUGCAGCACAAUGCGAAGGACCCAAACGCAGCCCCAUACGAGAUGGCCGAACCGAUUUCGAUUAACAAUCUACUGCUUCGAGGAUGUCAAUUACGGAACACCGAGUGGAUCUUGGGAGUGGUCAUGUUCACCGGAGAAGAGUCGAAGAUCAUGCUAAAUUCCGGCAUCACUCCGAGUAAGCGCCCUCUUAUCAGCAAAGAACUCAACUGGAACGUCAUCUACAAUUUUAUCAUUCUGUUCGGCAUGUGUCUUGUGUCUGGUAUCGUCUUGGGCGUGUUUUGGGCCAAGCCAGACACAUCCCAUGCUCUCUUCGAGUUUGGAUCGUACGGCCACAAUCCGGCCACCGAUGGUAUCAUUGCCUUCUGGGCCGGUGUGAUUCUUUUCCAGAACUUGGUGCCUAUCUCUCUUUAUAUCACCUUGGAAAUCAUCAGAACCCUCCAGGCCGUGUUCAUCUACAGCGAUGUUGAAAUGUACUAUGCGGCGAUCGACUAUCCUUGUACGCCGAAGUCAUGGAACAUUUCCGAUGACGUUGGCCAAGUCGAAUACAUCUUUUCGGACAAGACUGGUACAUUGACACAGAAUGUCAUGGAAUUCAAAAAAUGUACGAUCAAUGGUGUACCGUAUGGAGAAGCAUACACGGAAGCACAGGCCGGCAUGCAACGAAGGCAAGGAAUUGAUACCGAUGCGGAAGGCGCUCGCGCGCGUGAACAAAUCGAGCGAGAUCGCCUCCGCAUGAUCGGCAAUAUCAGGAAGAUGCACAACAAUCCGUACCUUUGGGAUGAUGAUCUUACUUUCGUGGCUCCUGACUUCGUCGAAGAUCUGGCUGGAGAAUCAGGACAAGAACAAAAGAGGGCUAAUGAGGCAUUCAUGCUUGCACUCGCUCUGUGUCAUACUGUAGUGACUGAGAGAACGCCUGGUGACCCGCCCAAGAUCGAAUUCAAGGCACAAUCUCCUGACGAGGCAGCUCUGGUUGCAACGGCCCGCGACGUUGGUUUCACGUUUGUUGGCAGGGACGACGAUAAGCUGGUAAUCAAUGCGCUUGGCGAGGAACGGCGAUACACCGUGUUGAACACCCUCGAAUUCAAUUCUACGAGAAAGCGGAUGAGCGCAAUUAUUCGGAUGCCUGACGGCAAAAUAAUGCUCUUUUGCAAGGGAGCCGACAGCAUGAUCUAUUCACGACUGGUCCCAGGCCAUCAGCGAGAGCUGCGCGCAACCACCGGAGAGCAUCUUGAGAUGUUUGCCAGAGAAGGUCUUCGUACACUCUGUAUCGCCCAAAGAGAAAUCUCCGAACAAGAGUACCAAGAAUGGAACAAGGACUACGACUUGGCUGCAAACGCUGUUGCCGGUCGUGAGGAAAAGCUCGAGGAGGUCUCAAGUCGCAUUGAAGACGAGCUCUGGCUUCUUGGCGGUACAGCCAUCGAAGACAAGCUGCAGGAUGGCGUUCCGGAUUCUAUCUCCCUGCUCGGCAGGGCAGGUAUCAAGCUUUGGGUCUUGACCGGAGACAAGGUGGAAACUGCCAUCAACAUAGGCUUUUCCUGCAACCUGCUCAACAACGACAUGGAUCUGAUGGUUCUCAAGGUUACCGACGGAGAUAUCGCGACAGCUGAGGCCUGGCUUGAUGAGAAACUCGCGCUAUUUGGUAUGACUGGGUCUCAAGAAGAGCUCGACGCUGCACAAUCCGACCACGUUCCGCCCCCAGCUACUCAUGCCAUCGUCGUUGAUGGAGAUAGCCUUAAGCUGGCACUGGACGACGCAUUGAAGCGGAAGUUUCUCCUGCUUUGCAAGCGGUGUCGAGCAGUUCUGUGUUGCAGAGUCAGCCCUAGUCAAAAAGCUGCUGUUGUGAACAUGGUCAAGACUGGCCUCGAUUGUCUAACUCUGGCGAUCGGAGACGGUGCCAAUGACGUCGCCAUGAUUCAAGAAGCUCACGUUGGCGUUGGUAUCGCGGGUGUCGAAGGUCGCGCCGCUGUCAUGUCUUCCGAUUAUGCCAUUGGUCAAUUCCGCUUCCUGACUCGACUGGUACUUGUUCAUGGUCGGUGGUCAUACCGAAGAUUGGCUGAGUGUAUUGCAAAUUUCUUCUACAAGAACGUUGUCUGGACGUUCUCUCUGUUCUGGUAUCAGAUAUACACCAACUUCGAUAGCCAGUACAUCUUCGACUAUAGCUACAUUGUGUGGUUUAACUUGGCUUUCACGUCCCUACCAGUCAUUCUUCAGGGUGUCUUAGAUCAGGACGUUAACGAUCGCGUAUCGCUGGCGGUCCCGCAGCUUUACGUGCGAGGUAUUGAAAGAAAAGAGUGGUCGCAACUGAAGUUCUGGUUGUACAUGAUUGAUGGUAUCUAUCAGUCGGCUAUUGCCUUCUUCUUUGUCUAUAUGGUCUUUUAUCCUGGCACGUUUGUCACCGAGAACGGACUCGACAUCGCUGAACUGAAACGCAUGGGCAUAAUCGUCGCAACCAUUGCGGUUUGCGCAGCCAACUUCUACGUGUUGUUUAACACCUACCGCUGGGAUUGGCUAAUCUGCGUUGUCGUGGUUAUCAGCACGUUGUUCAUCUGGUUCUGGACCGGUCUGUACACAACAUUUACGGGAAGUGCUCAAUUCUACAAGGGCGGCGCCGAAGUCUACGGUGCUUUGGUCUUUUGGGCGAUUCUCCUUCUGGCGGUCGUCGCAUGUCUGCUGCCUAGGUUUGUCGUAAAAUCGCUUCAAAAGAUAUAUUUCCCUCUUGAUGUCGACAUUAUCCGGGAACAGAUCAAACAAGGAAAAUUCGACUACCUUAACAAAACGGACGCAUACCUUCCCCCACCGCCUGACAAAGCCAUCUCUAAGGUUCCAUCAGAUGUUUCCAAAUACAAGGCUGCAAAUGCGCAGGAAGGGGAUGAUGACGUCCGUCCCAUCUACCCACCUUCUGUUGCACCUACCGCAACCACCCACAACCCUAGGAGCCAAAAUGGCAGCGGUAGCACCGACUACACGUUCCGCCAGUCCGUUGAAGGCAUACCACAACAUCGGAUAUCGAUGGAUCGACCGCGUCCAUCGUACGAUCGCGCACGAAUGUCGAUGGAUCGUGUGCGACCAAGUUUCGAAGCCAGCAAUGACUUCACAUCUGCAGCAAUGCUGACGCGAAUGGAAUCAGCACAUAGCCGCAACAGCCUGAGUGCCGCUCCAAAUACGGGUCCUCAAAUUGCGAGCCGUCUACGGAAUGUGUUUCGAAGACCUACUGUCACGCGAGAGGAAGCACCAGAGCACCUGCGGGACAGCGAACGACCCCCCGUACCUACAGUAAACCAAGCCGAGGAUGCCCCACGAAGUCCACCACGGUGA